AUGGGCAAUUCGUCUUCGCAAUAUACUUCCCCAGGGCGUAAGAAUGCCCCCGAAGAUUCCGAAGAAGAGAAUCGAUCGGAAUUGGAAAUCCCUUCGACCCCUAUAACUCCUUUAAAUGGCGCCAAGCAGAAGCUACAAUCCAACAAUACAACAUCUGGACGGAAGAGGAGAGCUUUGGAUAACACCACUGGAGACCGUAAUAUAUCGCCUGCUUCACCGAAAACGUCUCUAUCAUCGCGGCAUAAUACAUCCACUGAUCGUCCGUCAAAGCGCAAGAAGGUUCGCGAGUCCAACCAGAUACAAAACGGCAAAGCAGACAAGGCCACGCACAAGCCCGACUUACUCACGCAGAAUGCGCCUUCAACUUCGCCUUCCCCAGGAACAGAAGAUUUGAUCGCCCCAGACCCAGGAAGCAAGGACCAAGAGAAAGGAUCUGCCCAGGAGAAAUCGGAAGCCAAGUUGAACACAGCAUCAAAACAAUCUUCCGAGAAUUUCAAAGGCCUGGUGGAUUUCAAAAAGGGCAAACGCGGUUCGGAUGCCAGCAAAGGGAAAGAAAAUAAAUCAACUGGUUUCUUCACGCCAGAAGAAGUUAAAGCUCUGGAAUCCUUCAAGCUAGAUUUCUGCACCACCCACGGCAUGGCAAGCGACACCUUUGACCUCAUGAUUCAGCAUUCAGAAAGGGACAAGUCGAAUCCCUUCCCUUGUCCCACGCAUAUUACCACCAAAGUGGCCUUCUGGAAAAACAUCUAUGAAAUUAUCCCACAUCGCGAUAAGAGAUCGGUUUAUCGGUUCAUGAGACGACAUUUCCAAUGCACAACCCAAAAGCCACAUUAUUGGACUGCCGAGCAAGAUGACGAACUUAUCUUGCUUCAUGAGCGCCAUGGGCCCAGGUGGGCUCACAUCGCCAAAAUGAUUGGUAGAAGCGAUGACGACGUGAUACAGCGAUGGAGAAAUCACCUCGAACAUCGCCAGACGAUGAACAGAGGGCCCUGGUCUGAAUGGGAAGUAGGUGCGCUGCUACAGUAUCUACAGGACUGGUGGACCCACAUGAAGAACCUGGGCCAUGAAGUUGGCCGGGAUAUCUAUGAGAUAGAUGAAUCUAAGAUUUCUUGGGGAGAAAUCAGCAACCGCAUGGAAAACUGCCGUUCCAGGCAGCAGUGUGGAGACAAAUUUCGCAAGAUUAGGCGCAAGGUCUUGACUCGGCGUAGCAUGGGGAAUCCGGAUGCUUUCUACGACCCUGUUGUGGAGGCAAAACCACCCAAGCGUCGAGGUAAAUCGAAAUCAAUCACGCCUUCUCAGAGCCAAUCCAACAAGCACUUCAAAAGUUCCGAAUAUGUUGAUUCCGAUGACGAAUCAGGGGAAGAAGGAACCGAGAGCGACAAAAUCUCCAGUCUGGAUCGAUCAACGUCCAAGACUGAUGACAGUUCGUCUUUAAGGUCGCUUGAAACUGCGCCGAAGAAAGUGAACCAUCCAGCCCAUUCUCAGGAAGACAGCGAUAAGCCCGACCCGGAUACUUCCAUCUCCGGAUCAGAAGAAUCAAAUUCCGAGUCCGAAGCAGAGAAAUCAAUUUCUGAUGAUGACACCGGUAGUAUUCGUUCAAUACAGUCGUCCGGAAAGAAGCAGUCUUCGGGACACAAGCGCAAUGGAAGCCUUAAAAGACAACGGCGGUGA